AUUUGACCGCGUCAACUCGCAUAGGACAGGGAAGAUGAAACCGUAAACUAUCAAGUUACCAGAGGGGGUUUUAGGGGAGGGGGAGAUUGGCAGCUGCAUCGAGGAGGAGAUAAGGUUCCAAGACUAAAUAGUAGUCUUCGUCGUCCUCAAAACAUCAAAAUUCCCUUUGAAAAAAACUGAAAUCUGCAAACGAUAUCAAUUUUGGUCUCGGGUGGAAUCAGGAAUGGCGUCGAGUGUGGUGAAAUCCCUAAUCAAAUCAUCUUCCUCACGCCGGCAAAUGGAUGCAGAGUGCUUGUAGUAUGAGGCUGGCAGGGAUGGAGGACACGGCGGAGCUGCUGGAGAAGAAGCUAGCGUCGGAAAUUUCGAAGAUGAGCUUAGAGGAGGCACUCACUCUCGCUCCUGUUUUCAGCCAUUACCUCAAUUUGAUGGGCAUUGCUGAAGUUCAUCACAGGGUUUGUAGACCAAAAAAUGUAAAUCUUGUGAUGAUAUUUUUAAUCAGCUUCUGCAGCGUGGUGUUUCCCCAAACCAGCUUUACGAUACUGUUUGCAAGCAGGAGGUCGAGAUUGUUCUUACUGCACAUCCUACACAAAUUAAUCGCGGAACCUUACAAUACAAACAUAUCAGACUUUCUGUGA